AUGCGGAUGCCACAGCUGCUGGUGAACCUCCAUUUCUACAUGCACGACAUCACGGGCGGCCCAGGGCAGACGGCGGCGCGCAUCGUGACCGGCUCGGCCCAGCACCCGGGCAAGCUUCCGGGGACCUUCUUCGGCGACACGACGGCGAUCGAUGACUUGCUGACGGACGGCCCAGGCCCGGCGUCGAGGCCCGUGGGCCGGGCCCAGGGCACGUACGUGCUGGCUGCCAUGGACGCGCCCGUGCUGGCCGUCAGCGCCACGCUCAAGCUCACGGAUGGCGAAUACAACGGGAGCACGGUGGUCGUGGCCGGAAGGGACGACGUGUUGGAGCCGUUGAGGGAGCUCGCGGUGGUCGGCGGGACCGGGAGGCUCCGGCGGGCCGACGGGUACGUGGUGUGGAGGACGGCCCAGAUGCUGUCGCCGGACCACGCCGUGCUCGAGCUCGACGUCCACGCCACCGUGCCGGCCACGUCCUUGUGA